AUGUCUUAUUCUCCAAAUGACGAAAGUGAAGAUGAAUAUUAUAUCGAUGAGAAACUCAUGCCGAAGGCUGAGCGAAGCAUCGGCACAUCUUUUAGAUGUGGUGAAACUUUAUCUGAUAUUACUUCUAAACAUAUUAUAGCGUUACAGAAGAUAAUAAACAAAUACAAUUUAAAAGAAUUAGAUAUGUUAAAACAAUGUAACAAAGAAAUCAAUAGAUAUAUUAAUAAUAAUCCAGAAGUUAACUCAAUCAAUACUAAAGAUUUAAAUGCUACUAUUUAUAUAAAUGGUUAUGUAUUUUGUAAAAUUAAAGGUAAACAA